AUUCACUCUCACACACAGACUGAGAGAAAGCUGCGUCUUUUCAUCCACUCUCACUCAUCCGCUGGAGCGCACACACACACACGAGGCGACGGACAUAUGUCGAUAUAUGCAACAGAUUCUGUCUACAAAGAGGUCGCAACUGUUUUCUUUUUGGGUGCUACUCUUUUCCAAAAGAAGACGGACAAUUUACUAAUAUAUUUAUCUUAUUUAUUUAUUUGUAUUCUCUAUUUUGGCUGAGUUUCUUUUGGCGACAGUGAGCAGCAGCAGCAGCAGAGGAGGAUUUAACAUGCCAGACGUCUGAGAAGAUCCCCCCCCCCUCCAAUUUUUUCCCCUCUGUGGAAGUAAUCGCCACAGAGUGCUUCACAGAAGAUGAGGGCAAAAAUGGUCCAAACCAAAGGAACUAUUUUCUCUUCAGCACUAUUCAAACUCCUGCUUUUGGUUGCAGUUACGCGCGGCGCCACCGGUAAGACUUUGAAAUACAAAGUUUACGAGGAGCAGAAAGUGGGCACGGUCAUCGCUCGGUUAAAGGAUGAUGUCGCCGGGGUUUUAUCCAAACUACCCAGUUCCCUGACCUUUCGGUUCCGAGCUAUGCAACGAGGCAGCACUCCGUUCCUGUCCGUCCGAGAGGAGGACGGAGAGAUCAGCAUCGGCACCAAAAUCGACCGCGAGAAGCUUUGUGAGAAAAAUUCGAACUGUUCGAUUGAAUUCGAUGUCGUCACGCUGCCGACGGAGUACCUGCAGCUGUUUCACGUGGAGGUGGAAAUCCUGGACAUCAACGACAACUCCCCGCACUUCUCCCGCGCCAUCGUGCCCAUCGAGAUCUCGGAGAGCGCGUCCGUGGGUACGCGCAUCCCUCUGGACGGAGCCAUGGAUGCGGACGUCGGGGAAAACUCCCUGCACACAUAUUCCCUAACACCCAAUAACUUCUUUAAGAUCGAUAUAAGGACCAGGACGGACGGGGCCAAGUACGCAGAGCUGGUGGUGAUGAGGGACUUGGACAGGGAGGUGCAGUCCAGCUACCAGCUGCAGCUCACUGCAUCGGAUAACGGUGUACCUCCGAAGUCUGGCUCCACUUUACUCAAGAUCAGCAUCUCGGAUUCCAACGACAACAGCCCAGCCUUUGACGAGCAGGCUUAUAUUAUCAAUUUGCUGGAAAACUCUCCCCUAGGGACUCUAAUCAUUGAUUUAAACGCCACAGAUCCAGACGAGGGCACUAAUGGGAAAAUAGUCUACUCUUUCAGCAGCCAUGUCUCGCCAAAGAUCUUGGAAACAUUUAAGAUAAACCCAGAAAAUGGCCACAUUACUCUUAUUAAGAAAGUGGACUAUGAAAGCACUGCUUCCUAUGAGCUGGAUGUUCAGGCUCAGGACUUGGGCCCAAAUUCCAUUCCCGGGCUUUGCAAGAUAGUGGUGAAAGUGGUGGAUGUAAAUGACAACAAACCAGAGAUCAACAUCAACCUGAUGACGCCUGGCAAAGAGGAAGUGGCGUACAUCUCAGAGGGUGCCCCAGUGGACACCUUCAUAGCUCUGGUUCGUGUUGACGACAGCGACGGCGGGCUCAAUGGCGAGGUGGUGUGCAGGUUGCACGGCCACGGCCACUUCAGACUCCAGAAGACCUAUGAGAAGAACUACAUGAUCCUCACCAAUGUCUCGCUGGACAGGGAGAAGAGGUCAGAGUACAGUCUGACGGUCAUAGCUGAGGACAAGGGCUCCCCCAGUCUCUCCACCAUCAAACACUUCACCGUCCAGGUGCUGGAUGAGAACGACAAUCCUCCAAGUUUCGAAAAGAGCCGCUACGAGGUCUUCAAAUCGGAGAACAACUCUCCGGGAGCCUACCUGAUGACCGUGGUGGCCUCAGAUCCCGAUCUGGGCACAAAUGGCCAGGUCACCUACACCAUCAUGGACGCUCUUGUUCAGGGGAGCCCCAUCUCCACCUACGUCACCAUUGACCCUUCCAAUGGGGCAAUCUACGCCUUACGCAGCUUUGACCACGAAGACGUCAGCCGGAUCGCCUUCACCAUUCAGGCACGUGACGGAGGAAACCCCGUGCUAUCAACCAACACCACUGUCCUACUGACAGUUCUGGAUGAAAAUGACAACCCGCCAAUCAUCCACUCCCCCUCCCUCCGGAAUCACACCGCCGAGCUGCCGGUGUGGAAGUAUGCAUCACCUGGGCAGCUGAUCACCGCGCUCAAAGUCACAGACCGCGAUGCCGGCACCAACGGAGAGGUGAGCUGCGCCAUUGUUGGCGGCAACGAGGACGGGCUGUUUGUGAUGGACGCUCGGCGAUGUGAGCUCAGAACCAAUGCCAGCCUGGAGCAGGCUCCAAGGGACGUGAUGGAGAUCAGGGUGGAAGUGCAGGACAGGGGCACCAUUCGGCUGUCCACAGGGGCCCUCUUCAGGCUCUCCCUGCAGGAGAAUAUGGACAUCCUCCCCCCUCUCUACCCCACCGGCUCCAGCCAGGCCCCGCUGGAUCUCUCCCUCAUCGUCAUCAUCUCCCUGGGGGCCGUUUGCGCUCUGCUGCUCAUCGUCAUGGUGAUGUUCGCCACUGCCCGAUGCAGCCGUGAGAAGAAAGACCCCAGGCACAAUUACAACUGCCGAGUGGCGGAGAACAGCUACCAGAACCACCCCAAGAAGCCCGCCAGGCAGAUCCACAAGGCGGAUAUCACCCUGGUACCGACCGUCAACGGGACUUUGCCCAUAAGGGCCCACCCACGCUCCCCCUCAGCCUCCCCUACACCUGAUAGGGGCACCCUGGGGAGCAGGCAGAGCCAUCAUAGCCGCCAGUCCCUCAACAGCCUGGUCACCAUCUCCUCCAAUCAUGUGCCGGAGAACUUUGCCCUAGAGCUGGCCCACGCCACACCCCCUGUAGAGCAAGUCUCACAGCUUCUGUCCAUGCUCCAUCAGGGCCAGUACCAGCCACGACCAAGCUUCAGAGGCAACAAAUACACCAGGAGCUACAGAUAUGCCCUGAACGAGAUGGACAAGUUCAGUCUGAAGGACAGCGGCCGCGGAGACAGUGAGGCAGGGGACAGCGACUACGAGCCUGGCAGGGAGUCACCCAUGGAUAGGCUCCUUGGUGAGGGCUUUACUGAGAUAUAUGCCCCUGAUGGCCAGCACAGAACGCAUGCAGCUAUGAGGCUCUGCACAGAGGAGUGUCGUGUCCUGGGUCACUCAGAUCAGUGCUGGAUGCCGCCCCUGGCCUCCCCGGCCUCGUCCUCCGACUACCGCAGCAACCUCUACAUCCCUGGGGAAGAAGCCCGCCAAACCACCGACCUCUCCCAGGAAAAGACCCCGCAGCCCUGCACCGACGCCGGCCCCGCCCGGAACCAGAGCUUCUCCACCUUCGGCAAGGACCUGGGCGGUGAGGACGGUGGAGAGGAUGAGGAGGGAGGGUGCGGUGGGGGCGAGGCCAGAGAUGAAGACUUGUGUGGGACCACGUCGUUGCUGUCAGAGAUGAGCAGCGUGUUCCAGCGGUUGCUACCCCAGGGUCUGGACUCGUACGUCCAGGUCAACGAGAACCAGAAGGGGACUAGUCUCAGCGGGGUGGGUGUGCCCAUGACUGGAUCUUUAGAUCGCAGGAGGGGCCAUCUGCCCGGCAAGCCCAACCCCUCCGUCCACCAGCAGGGCGUGGCAGCCUGGGCAGCCAACACCCACUUCCAAAACCCUGGCAGCAGCAUCGGCCCAUCUGGCCACCACCAGGGUGGCAGCUACCACACCCUGAAACCCAGCACCAAGCUCAGCUCGCAGAGCAGCAGCCACAAGGGCUCGCAGGCGCCCAAAAACAGCCCCCAGAACAGCGGCCAUGCCCCAAAACCCCACAGCAGCCCCCUUCUCACGGCGCUGGUCAGCCCCACUCUGGUGCAGCAAUCCCCGGCCCCGGUGCCAGUGCCGGUGGCGCUCCCCGGGCCCUCCUCCAAGUGGCUGCCAGCCAUGGAGGAGAUCCCAGAGAACUACGAGGAGGACGAUUUUGACUCUGUGCUCAGCCACCUUCAGGGCAAACGCAGCGACAGCCGACACGAGCUGGUGGACGCCAGCGAGCUGGUGGCCGAGAUCAACAAACUGUUACAGGAUGUCCGGCAGAGCUAGACUUCCUGUUUGUUAUCCUCUUUAUUUAUUCACCACCCACGGACUGCUUCCUUUACUUCAUAAUUAAAGUGAGGAACUAUGGGUGGCAAAAGAAGGACAGAAAAAAAGGCAAAAAUCAAGACCUGCAAUUGUCGUUAAAGUUGCAUUUCUAAUGUAAUAAUUGUGUUUUGUGAAUGCUAAAUAUCCAAAAAAAUAAUGUUUGUAAUUGCUGGUUUGGUACAUAAUGUACACUAUGUGACUGUAUUUAUCUUUGUAUUUUAAAAAUACAUUUGUAUACUUAUAUUUAUAAAAAAGUGUAUAUAAACUUAAACAUAAAAGUCUAUUUUUAUAUUUUGAAUGCAUGUUGAGUAUAUUGAAUCAAGACUUUGACAUGCGAUCGACAUUCUACAUAUUUAAAUUGUCUUUUGUAUUGUGAUUCUUUUUUAUUUGUCACUAUGAUAUGUAUACAUGAAUAUAUUAAUGAAUUAAUGGACACGUGUCUUUGUGGAUUAUUGUGGGGAAGGUACCCAAAUAAAAAUAAUACACAAAUAUUAA